CGAGGCAGCUUUGAGAGUUCUGCAGAGUGCCGUAUAAUACGGUACGCCGUGUCACUCUUUUCGCAAAAUCUCGUCAAACUAGUCUUCUGACCAGCAGCAGCAUCAUCAUCACGGCACGGCAUUUAUCUCCCCCGUUCCAGGUUGCUGCGCUUUUGUUGUCAGAAUGGCCCUGCUGCAGGUCGAGUUCAUUCAACAACACACCAACAUCUAGUAGCUGGGCGGCGAAGGUCUAGUGUGCUGCGGUCGCUGCCUGUUAAUGGAGAGUUUGUCUUUUUCAUUCAAUUCUAUUUGAUUUGAAUAACAAUAGUCGGCGGUGAGAACGCGGGAGCUCGCUCAACUGGAAAGAUUUUUUCUCGCCUCGCCUGCUGCGGUAAUCGUCGACGACGAGGUGAUGAGCAGCAGCAGAACACGGAGAGUUUAGAGAGUGCCAGCAGUCAGGUCGGUGUUGUUUUCUGUGUGGGUCGAUUUGGCAAAAAGUGCUGGAGCUGGAAGAAAGUGUUUUGGGGGUUUUGACUGAUGAAAUGGGAAGUUCCGAAGGUUUUCGCUUUUUGAAGUGAUGCUCCAGAGCCUACUGUGAGGGGUGAUUAUGCAUCGGGUUGGAAACUGGACGCGGCAGUCGCUUCUGGCGACCUAAUCAGAAUAGCUCGACGAUUUGGUAGCUAUUAUCAGCAAAGUGGUGUUGCACACACUGUGUUUUGCUCCAGCAACACGAAAAGAACACGUCACAAUUAUCGGCAGCGCAGCAAAAAGGGAUGAGAAAGUAUUAUUAAUGCCAACCUAGUUCCUACUAGAACUAGUAACAGGAUUAGCGAAAAAGGGGGCGAAAGUGUCAAAUUGUAUUUUUGUACGUGCUAGUGUGAUAAGGGGUAGUCAGGGUUGUUUUUUUUAAAGAAAUGAUUCUCCGACAAUUGAUGGGACUCAACACCUGGGUCCGAGUGCUGAUAGCAUUCAUCUCGGUGUGGGUUAUUCUGGUGUUGAUUUUCUACUCCAAGUUGAAUACCGGAGGUGCGAACGACACCGAAGAUGCAUUCCGAAGGUUGAACCAAGCGCUAAGCUACCUGGAAAAGUCCAAACAAGUCGACCAGGAGCUGCGGACUCUGAUCGACGAGUACAUUAGUGAUACUUCGUACAAUCGCAAGCAGAAGUUUGUCGAUGAGCUGGGCAACAAGCUGCAGAUCCAGGGUGCCGGAGCUGGCCAUUUCAAGGGAGUUCCGUCGCUGGAGUAUGAACAGCUGCGUCGCCGGGUGUACAGCAAUACGCAGGAGUUGUGGAACUUCCUCAAUUCCGAAGUAAUAAAAGCAGCUAAAAUCGGACGGAAAAACUCGCCGGAGAUUGCGCCUCCGUUGGACGCACUGCUAUCGCUGGCCUCGGAACACAAGCGCUCCCUGCUGAACGACAUCAACCAGAUGCGAGCCAGUGAUGGGUACGAAUUUUGGCGCUACAAAGAGUCCAAGGAUCUGAGUGACUUGGUCCAACGACGUCUCAACUAUCUGCAAAACCCAGAAGACUGUAGUACCGCUCGAAAACUAGUUUGUAGGCUGAACAAGGGCUGCGGAUACGGCUGUCAGCUGCACCACGUAGUCUAUUGCUUCAUCAUGGCGUACGCAACCGAACGAACGCUGAUCCUCAAGUCCAAGGGAUGGCGAUACCACAAGGCCGGCUGGGAGGAGGUGUUCCAGCCCAUCUCGGACACUUGUCUGGACGCGAACGGUGCCACCCAUGCCAGCUGGCCCGGCACUACCGAAACGCAGGUCCUCACGGUACCAAUCAUCGACUCGCUCAACCCGCGACCCCCGUAUCUGCCACUGGCGAUCCCCGCCGACCUGGCGCCCCGCCUGAUGAAGCUGCACGGCGAUCCGAUCGUGUGGUGGAUCGGCCAAUUCCUCAAGUACCUGCUGAAACCGACCGGCGAGACGCGCCAAAUGCUCGAGAAUGGCAUGGAAAAGUUGGGCUUCCGGAAACCGAUCGUAGGAGUUCACGUCAGACGUACCGACAAAGUCGGUACCGAAGCAGCAUUCCACGGAAUUGAAGAGUACAUGAUGGCGGUGGACGAUUACUACAAUCAGGUUGAAAUGACGGAGGCAAUUGACAAGCGGAGAGUGUUCAUCGCUAGUGACGAUCCCAAGGUAAUCGACGAGGCCAAGGCCAAGUACCCGCACUACGAGAUCAUCGGCGACCCGGACGUGGCCAAGGUGGCGGCCGUGUCGACGCGCUACACCGACUCGUCGCUGAACGGCAUCAUCCUGGACAUCCAUCUGCUGUCGCUGAGCGACUACCUCGUGUGUACGUUCAGCUCGCAGGUGUGCCGCGUGGCGUACGAGAUCAUGCAGACGCUGUACCCGGACGCGUCCGGCCGGUUCAAAUCGCUGGACGACAUCUACUACUACGGCGGCCAGAACGCGCACAACCGGGAGGUGGUGCUGGCGCACAACCCGAACAACCACGACGAAAUUCACAUGCGCAAGGGCGACCUGGUGGGGGUGGCCGGGAACCACUGGAACGGGUACUCCAAGGGGAAGAACUCGCGCACCAGCCAGGUCGGGCUGUUUCCCUCGUUUAAGGUUAACGACAAAAUCGAGGUGGUCGAUCUUCCCAAGUAUCCCAAAGUGAAGUAAGCGGCGGAAUUGGACUCUGUUGUGAUAGACGACGGGUUUGAGCAUGUGGCGAUUUGGUGUAAAAUAUUACUACUACUUUUUUUUGGAAACCCCACGUAGAAGUGAAAACUAUGUUUGACUAAAAAAAUAAAUUGACCGUGUAACAACAACAGAACAAAUCACAAAAUUUGAGCGAACAAAGCAUAGAUUUAAUGAUUUUUAAAGCAAGUCUUAGAAAUAAUUCUGUCAACAAAUAAUGGAAACGACCUACCACAAAACAAGCAUUAAUUUAUACAAAACGAUGUGAGGAGUAAAGCAAUUACCUGGUCUGUUGAUAAAGCUUGAGCUUAUUUUGGUUUUAUAUCACAUUCCUUUGACGUUGUCUAAUUAACUUAGCAUAUUUUACAACAAAAAAUUGCUAGUAUUUAUAAAUCUAGAUAGACAAAUACAUAUUUAUUUAAAUGU